CAGUUUUCCCCCCCCCAACCGUCAGCUUGCCACCGGCUUUAGCGCAUCCCGUGAAUAAGGGUUGGGAUGAGGAAUUAAAACACUUCAGCAUUUUUGUAUGAUAAGCUGCUCGAACCUUCGUCGUCGUUAGCGUGUAGCCUGGCGCUUCGGUAUUUGUAUUAGCUGUAGUAUUAUUACUGUUAAUUAUUUUUUAAAGAUGUCUGUGGUGGGAUUCGAUGUCGGGUUUAUGAACUGCUAUAUCGCGGUUGCGCGAGCCGGAGGCAUUGAGACUAUAGCGAAUGAAUACAGUGACCGGUGCACACCAGCAUGUGUGUCAUUUGGCCCCAGGAAUCGAUCCAUCGGUGCGGCCGCAAAAAGCCAGGUGGUGACUAACUGUAAGAACACCGUCCAGGGAUUCAAGCGUUUCCAUGGCCGCGCUUUCUCAGACCCGUUUGUUCAGAACAUGAAAUCCAGUCUCGUUUAUGAACUUUCACAAAUGCCGACGGGGACAACGGGAAUUAAGGUUACAUACAUGGAGGAGGAGAAGGUGUUCAGCAUUGAGCAGAUCACAGCCAUGCUUCUUACCAAACUGAAAGAGACAGCUGAGAGCGCUUUGAAAAAGCCUGUGGCCGACUGCGUCAUUUCAAUUCCUUGCUACUACACGGAUGCUGAGAGGAGGUCAGUCAUUGAUGCAGCUCAGAUCGCUGGACUCAACUGUUUGAGGCUCAUGAAUGAAACCACAGCAGUGGCUCUGGCAUAUGGGAUUUACAAGCAGGACCUGCCAGCCCCAGAGGAGAUGCCCAGGACUGUGGUGUUUGUGGAUCUCGGUCACUCAGGCUACCAGGUUUCUGUGUGUGCCUUUAACAAAGGCAAGCUGAAGGUUCUUGCAACAGCCUUUGAUGCACAGUUGGGAGGUAAAGACUUUGAUGAGGUGCUUGUGAACUAUUUCUGUGAGGAGUUUGCAAAGAAGUACAAGCUGGAUGUAAAGUCCAAGCCCAGGGCUCUGGUUCGCCUCUUCCAGGAGUGUGAAAAACUCAAAAAGCUUAUGAGUGCCAAUUCCUCUGACCUGCCCCUCAAUAUUGAGUGUUUCAUGAAUGAUAUUGACGUCUCUGGACGCCUCAACAGAGGUCAGUUUGAAGAGAUGUGUGCUGACAUUCUGGCCAGAGUAGAGACUCCACUGCGCAGUAUAAUGGAACAAGCUAACUUGAAGAACGACGACAUCUACGCCGUAGAAAUAGUGGGAGGUGCUUCAAGAAUACCGGCUGUUAAAGAGCAAAUCAGCAAAUUCUUCGGGAAGGAACUGAGCACAACCCUGAAUGCAGAUGAAGCCGUGGCUAGAGGAUGUGCCCUUCAGUGUGCAAUUUUGUCUCCUGCCUUCAAAGUUCGUGAUUUUUCCAUAACAGAUGUAGUCCCUUAUCCAAUCUCUUUGAAAUGGAACUCGGCAGCAGAGGAUGGCGUAAGUGAAUGUGAAGUGUUCCCAAAGAACCACGCAGCUCCAUUCUCCAAAGUGCUAACCUUCUACCGGAAAGAGCCCUUUUCUCUGGAAGCCUACUACAAUAGCCCUAAAGAGCUACCGUACCCUGAUCCCACAAUAGGACAAUACAUGAUCCAGAAGGUUGUGCCCCAAGCCACGGGUGAGAGCUCUAAAGUGAAGGUCAAAGUGAGGAUGAACAUCCAUGGAAUCUUCAGCGUGUCCAGCGCUUCACUGGUGGAGGUGCUGAAGAGCGAGGAAUCCGAGGAGCCCAUGGACACAGAACAGACCACAUCACCAACCACAGAGAAAGAGGAAGAGAACAAAAUGCAGGUGGAUGAAGAUCAGCAGAAGGCCCAGGAAGAUGGAGAGAAGAAAGCAGAGACAGAGGAGAUGGAAACAUCACCAGAGGAAGGCAAACAAGAAAAGAAGGUAGAUCAGCCUCCACAAGCUAAAAAAGCAAAAGUGAAGACAAAAGUCCUGGAUCUGCCCAUUGAAAACAAUCCACAGUGGCAGUUAGCGAUUGAAAUGCUCAACCUGUUUGUGGAAAAUGAGGGAAAGAUGAUCAUGCAGGACAAACUGGAAAAAGAGCGAAAUGAUGCUAAGAACAACCUGGAGGAGUACGUCUACGAAAUGAGAGACAAACUGCACGGGAUUUAUGAGAAGUUCAUCAAUGAAAGUGACAGGGACACGCUCUCAUUAAAACUGGAGGACACAGAAAACUGGCUGUACGAGGACGGAGAGGACCAACCUAAACAAGUGUACAUUGACAAACUGGAUGAAUUAAAGAAACUGGGCCAACCCAUUCAAGACAGAUACACAGAGUACGAGGAGCGGCCAAAAGCUUUUGAUGAGCUGGGAAAACAGCUUCAGCAGUACAUGAAGAUUGUUGAGGCCUUCAAGAUGAAGGAGGAGCAGUAUGAGCAUCUGGAGGAGGCUGAUAUUCAAAAAGUUGAUAAAAUGGUGAGUGAAGUUAUGAUCUGGAUGAACAGCAAAAUGAACCAGCAGAGCAAACAGUGUCUCACCGUCGAUCCAGUGGUGAAAGCUGCAGAGAUUACAGCGAAAACGAGGGAGCUGUUCUCAAGCUGCAACCCGAUCGUGACCAAACCCAAACCUAAAGUAGAAUUGCCAAAAGAGGACAAACCAGCAGAAAAGAACGGACCAGUCAACGGGCAGGAAAACCCCGAGGCUGAGCCCACUGCCAAUGACGAAGCACCCACGGACGGGACAGAAGGCACCGACUCGAAACCCGACAUGGAUCUCGACUAAGAGGACUGUGAGGCUUCCCAGUCGCUGUUCCGGUCAUUCCAUCUUCCCUGCCAUGGGGUUGUUUUGACAGUCCGAAUCAUUAGUGGAUAAAUGGUGCAUGUCCUUUCUUUUCUUUAAAAAAAAUAAAAUAAAUAAAUACAGCAUAAUGCAAUAAAAUUGUUCAUUGCCAUCCAUGCUGUGUGCACAUAUGAUUGAGUAUAUGUGAUGUAUUCUAAAAUAUUUGGGUCUGUGGCAACUGUUGAGUUUUAAUAAAUAUGGACUUUAAAUUGUG